AAUGUUUAUAAGUAGUAACAAAGAAAGAAGCCAGUCAUGUUUUAUAGAGUUAUACUCUUUAAAACUAGAACAGAAUUUGGAUUUCAGAGCAAUGGCUUCCCCUCGAGAUUUUCUUGUUUUCUUUCCCAUUUCUUAGGAUGAUGGUUUAAAUGUAAAAACAUAAUUUAAAUAUGAUCAGUUUUGUUUAAAAUGCAUACCUUAAAACCUUAGGCAUGAAGCAGCUGCGUUUUUAAAGUAGCCUGUGUGACAAUUUGUUAGCACUUUAAAACAAAGCAGCUUCAAAAUUCACCUUUAUUGUUUGACUGUGUAGCCUAUUUUAUGUUUACAAAGUUAUUUAUGGGCAUCUAUGGUUCCAUGGCUCUUGUUCAUUUAUCACCCCAUGGAACAUUUCCAUUGCACAAAAGGUUCUUUAAUGGAAAGGGGCUCUUUAGAUUAUUAAAAUGUUCUUCACAUGAAGAAAAAUGGUUUUAAGAUCUCUUCACUAAAAGGUUCUUUGGGGAACCCAAAAUGGUUUUCGUGGCAUCUCGGCGAAACCCCCUUUUGGAAAAAAAACUUUUUAAGUGUAGAAAAAAUGUCUCUUGCACUACUUUAAAUCACUACUUUAAAAUUCAAAGGGAACGAAUGUCCAGUUAGCCUAUUUUGCAAUAGUCACUGGAUAAACUGCAACCUAUUUUAGCCUGGUACUCAAUCCAAAAAAAAGUAAAAAAAAAAGUGGGUCAUAUUCAAGUGCAUGUGUAUUGUUUACAGACUCAUAUGGUUAUAACAAUAGAUUAAGAUUUAGUAGAAAACUGCAUUUUAAAAUAUAUGCAACCCUGACUUAUUAAUUUUUGUCGAAUAUGUCAUAUCCAAACAUCCCCAUAUUUCUGAUCUUGGGAGCUAUAGCCUAAUAAAAUCAUCAAAAUAGUGCCAAACCAAUGAAUAAGGCCAUAGCAGGGAAGAUGACACAUGACGCAUACAAUAUACCCCUAAAAGCUUUUUAUAGCUUAAAAGAUCAGGAGCUGUUUUCAAAUACCUCAAACUGCACAAAUGAUCUAAAUCUUAAAUCCGAGGCACUUUUUGCAUCUAACGAAAAUCUCUAGUGUCACAGUUUUCAGUUUUAAAAGCAGGAUUUGUUUAGACCACUGUUUUUGUUAUUCACAUUUCUGUCUGAAGCGUAAGCCAUGGAAUCUAAGAUGAUCUUGACUUAAUCUUCUUAUAAAACCUUGACCCAGCCUUAAAUGCUGGGUGCUUAGAUGUGUUAGCCGGCACUGAGCUUGACGGUGGCCUGCAGAUUUUUAUAAGCAAAGAAAAGAGUUACUGUAUGACAGAAAAUAAAAUGAAAGCAGAGCUGACAGCACAUCACAGUGGAUGACAUGUAUCUCUCUAUUCAAGUAACUCAACUCUGGGAGGAACUGAAGUCAAAUCGUCUCGCCAAAUACGGCACAGUAACUGCGGUCACAGCUAUUAGUUUGGUUCUGUUGAGAAAAUGGAUUGCAGGUGGAGUUUGCCGCUGUCGUGUGCGACUGGACGGGAAGACAGUCAUCAUUACUGGUGCCAACACUGGCAUUGGAAAAGAGACAGCACGUGACCUGGCCAUGAGAGGGGCUCGGGUUGUGAUGGCUUGUCGAGAUCUUUCAAAAGCAGAAAAGGCUGCGGCAGAGAUUCGCAGAUCUACAGGAAAUGGUAACAUAGUAGUUCGGCACUUAAACCUGUCAUCUCUGCUCACCGUGCGGCAGUUUGUGCAUGAAUACACUGCCACUGAAGAUCGACUGGAUAUUCUUAUUAACAAUGCUGGAGUGAUGAUGUGCCCUAAAAGCCUUACAGAGGAUGGCUUUGAAACCCAGUUUGCUAUCAAUCAUUUGGGCCAUUUCCUCCUGACUGUCCUGCUCCUGGACGUGCUGAAGAAGUCUAGUCCUAGUCGAAUUAUUAAUGUAUCCAGUAUUGCUCACCAAGGAGGUAAGAUCCACUUUGAUGACCUUAACUUCAACAAAGCACCGUACGAUUCCUUGGUCAGUUACAGGCAGAGCAAACUUGCCAACCUGCUCUUUACUCGAGAAUUAGCACAGAGGAUUAAAGGGUCUGGUGUAACAGUGUACUCUCUUCACCCUGGAGUAAUCCGCACUGAACUGGGACGUUACGUGCAGACGCGCCACCCUCUGCUCAGCGCUCUGUUGUCUUUUCCUGCUCUCUUACUGAUGAAAACCCCCAGUCAAGGUGCUCAGACUUCUAUUUACUGUGCGGUUGCUGAGGGGCUAGAGUCUUACAGUGGCUGCUAUUUCAGUGAUUGUAAGCUGAAGGAACCAGCUCCCGAAGGUAAAGAUGAUCUCGCUGCCCUUCGAUUGUGGGAAAUAAGUGCAAAACUUGUCGGCUACAAUGAAGAGAACUGACAACACUCCACCAAGCUCUAUUCAUAAUACCACAUGCCUAUAUAGGAAUGCUUUGUAUGCAGCUAUCAACAUUCAGAUCAUCUUUUCCAUCUUUGUUGAUGUUUUUAAAAUGUAAAACUUUAUUUAAUUGAAUGUAUGAUCAUUGAUGAUUAGUGGUUUAAUCAACUAGAAGAAAAAACAGAAUCUGAAUGGUGUUUUUGUCUGUAUCGGCAGCCUACUUAGCUGUGUUCCCUGACUUGCCCAUGACUGAUGUCAUUUGACAUUUUAAAGCUGUUUUGAAGUAUCUCAUUUGAUGAGUAGCCUAAUAAAGGUUUCACUAAAGGAUAUCUUUAUUGUAACCUAAAUAAAAUUCAAAUAAGAAAAAUUAAUUUUAAAAAGUGCAGUUGAUGCUUGUAAAAUCAGUGUGUUGUGAUGUCUGAUUCGUGAGUUGUGACCGAAUCGUUCUCCUGUGUCGAAUCUUUCAAAUAAAUUUCUUCACAAAAGUACUCACUGAAGGAAUAUUUUAAUGCUGGUAUAAUAAGUAUUUCUUUUGAUGAUUAAUACAUUUUUGAUGAAAUCUUGUUAUUGUAACACUAAUGUUUGCAAAA